ACGAGAAAUUUUCAACAACGCAAAAGGUUAUGGUUGUAAUGUAUAAUGCAUUCAAACUAUCAGUCAUUCCUAAAUGAAAGUAACUUUUCAAAUAAAGAUGAACACGUUGAAAUAGAUUUUAAACUUUCCCGCUCUUUUUCAAAUCGUAGCUUCCACCGGAUCGAUACGUCAGCUCGUUGAUUUGAAAAUAUCGACUCGGCGUUUACUUCACAGUGAAAACGUUGCACACGUGUUUCAAAGUUGUGCGUAUACAGUGUGUUUUAAAUUGUGCCGUUUUUUGACGUUAAGACGAACCUGAAUUAAAGUAUGAAAAGUUAUUGAAAUGUUCGAGAAAUAUUCCCAAACAAUAUGUUAGAAUAAAAUGAUCGUUGUAAUAAAUGAAUAUCUUUUCCGCGUGCGUGGAUCAAUUUGAUCGAAUUGUCAGUGUCAAACUUGUUUCGUUCUUUUGUCAUCUGAAAAUUUCGUUUUCAUUCGCUUUUCUUCGUCUCGGUUCAUCAAUGGAACGAUGAACUCGAUCUUACUUAAAGACAAUCGAUACGUGCAAAAGGUUUUGACAGCAUUCGUUUGCCUCAGCAUCGUGCAGUUAUUUAUUUAUUUGAAUCAUGUACAGCCCCAUUACUUCAUCGACGAGGUUUUUCACGUGCCUCAGACUUUGCGAUAUUGCGCUGGUAAUUUUACGCAGUGGGAUCCCAAGAUUACUACUUUACCCGGAUUGUACUUAAUCGCAACUCUGAUACUAUCGCCCUUAAAACUGUGUAACGCCUUUUAUAUGAGAUGCAUAAACUUGCUUGGCACGUUUUUGAAUCUGUAUCUUGCUCACAGUGUAAUCGAACAGAUCUCGACAAGACGCUGGAAGCAAAAAUGGAAUGACUGGAUGAAAUUUACUGUCGCUUGCAAUGUCAUGUUAUUUCCACCGUUAUUUUUCUGGCAUUUUUUGUAUUAUACAGAUGUUGCAUCAGUUAAUGCAGUAUUACUAAUGUUAUUGUUACACUCGUAUAAACAAUUUAAAACGGCGGCUUUCGUAGGUCUUUUGUCUGUGUUGAUUCGACAGACAAACAUUAUUUGGGUUGCGUUUAUUACCGUGGAACAUUUGUUUGAUUUAUUAGAUCAUAAAAUAAGUAAAUCAAUUUCAUAUCAACAAUACACUUCGAUAAUGUAUUUAAAAUUAUUAUGGGAAAAAGUAAUAAGAAAAACGUGUCACAAGUGGGAAUUAUUUACGAGAUUCAUCAUUCAGUUGUUCGCACAACUAUUCCCCUAUGUUAUAGUAUGUUUAACGUUUGUUACGUUUGUUAUAUGGAACAAGGGAAUCGUAGUUGGAGAUAAAAGAGCCCAUGUUCCUACUAUUCACAUUCCUCAACUGUUAUAUUUUUCUACUUUUCUAUUUUGCUUUUUAUGGCCAUACAUGAUCAUUUAUUGGAAAGAUUAUUUUAAGUUCGUCAGCAAACACUGGAUGUUUGCAAGUUGUGUCUUGAUACUUUUAACUGUAAUAGUUCAUUUCAACACUCUUGUACACCCAUAUAUGCUGGCCGACAAUCGACAUUAUGUAUUUUAUUUUUGGAAUAAGUUAAUGGGAAAGUACAAACAAUUCAAAUAUCUUUUGGUACCUGUAUAUUCGUUCGCUCUAUAUUCAAUGUUUCAUGGGUUUAAACAUUUAAGAUUUACAACACAGGUUAAUUAUACUUUUAUGAUUUCCGUGGUACUUAUUCCUCAGUUAUUGAUAGAACCACGUUACUUUAUCGUCCCGUAUAUACUUUAUCGACUUUUCAUUAAGAAACCAAAGAAAUGGCAAAUUAUUGCAGAAUCGGCAACUACAUUAAUAGUAAAUUUUCUGCAAUUUUAUAUUUUUAUUAACAAAGUUUUCCAUUGGGAUGACCAGCCUUAUCCCCAAAGAAUUUCAUGGUAAAUUUAAAGAAGAAUAAAAUUUUACAAACACG